AUGUCUCUCAUCUCCUUCACAGGUCUCCCAGGAGAAAUUCGCAAUCAAAUAUACCAGCUUCUACUCCUGGUCCCUUCUCCGUCCACCCCUCGUCUCCUUGGUGAUCCACCGAUAUAUCCUCAAAUCCUGGCUGUUUGCCGUCAAGUCCAUGAUGAAGCCAGGCCGAUUCUGUACGGGUGCAACACCUUUCUUGCCCACCCAAAUCUCCUCGCUAGUAUGCCCCGACUUCGACUCUACUACGACACCAUCUCAAAAGCUAGUCUGAUAUCCUUGAUACGACGAUUCCACAUCCGCGUGCGCCUCGAUUGCGAUCCCAACUUCUCAGCCAAGAAGGCGACCGAAUCUUUUACUGGCAUGGAAGAGUUGACCAUCGAAGUCUUCCAGGCGCAGUUUGGGGGUUCAGAUUACGAAGUGCUGACGCUGUUCGAGGAUAUAAGAGGCGUUAAGCGGGCGAGGGUAUAUGGGAGUGUAAGAGCAUUUCCAGAGUAUGUGGGAUGGCUUCAAAAUUCGAUGAUGACCCCGCAGUGGCAGCCCGUUGAAAGAUUCGUCAGCGAGAGAGUUGAUCUUCCGGGAGAACGAGAUCUGAUCUACAUAUGUGGCCUACUAUGGGACGCAGCAUAG